AUGGAUUCCCCUAGCACGGAGCAGGUUACUCCCACCAAACCUGGCGGAGGGAGACAGCUUAGCGGUAGUCCGAUCAAGAUGCAAUCCAAAAAGGGCCUCUUCGUGGAUGGUGGAUGGCGCUGCAAUUGCUCUCCACGACUACCAGCUUCCCAUUUUCAAGUCAAGAAGGAAUCACUGAACAAGGGCCGAUGGUUCUAUACAUGUCAAGAGUCGAAGGAGCAGUCUUGCGGGUUCUUUCUUUGGGACGAUGAUGCGAAAAGUAGGGAAAUGAGGACUGUGCUUCAUAAUUCGAGGUCAGAAGGGGGACCGCCCACAACUCCGAAGAAACCCACUAGUCGACCGCAAGAUACGGGAAAAGAUAGCAAAAUUAUUGAUCGGGACAAAGAUGACGAAGAUGAAUAUGGGGAGUGGCCAUUGGGCGCUGAAGACGAGAUUGAGGCUGUGGAGGCGGCAGAGAGGGCGUCAUCCAUGAGGCCAUCUGAGACACCUCGGAAAGCACUGAAGACGAGCGAUUUUUCAACUCCAGGGAGCAAGAGGAUACGAAGUAGAGAAGGUCCAUGGCCCACACCAGCCACUAAUGCCACAACACGGGAUGAGGAUGUAUUCAAAACCCCCAUAUCCGCCGCUCGUUUAGAACCCUUGAGGCUAGACAGCGCCUCCAGACGCGGCCUCAUAAGCCCUUCUGCAUCACCAACCCCCAAUCGGCGCCUUGAUUUCAGUUCUGUGGUUGAGACUGGCGGCAGCGGAUCGGCAGGUUAUGACAUUACAGCAGAGGUCCUGCGGCUUCUCGAAGGACAGCCAAUCGAAGACGAGGCGAUCGCUAAUUUACGGCAUCUACUUAAUCGUUAUGCCCUGAAGAAUUCAGGCAUCGAGAAGGGCCGAGAUAUCACUCGGCUGGCGCUGAAGGCUAGGGACGCUAAAAUCGAAGAUCUGCAGCAGCAGGUUGCGACCCUGGAGUCUAAGCGCGAGAUGGACAAGGCCAUUAUUAGGCACUUCAAGGAUGACAUACAAAAAAUGCCUCAAACACGGUCCCUUCAGCUAGGAUGA